AUGCUGGAGGUAACCGAGGACAGAAAGGACAUGAUAGAAUUGACUGAUACUUGUAUUCUUUUAGGAGAUAAAAAUUGGAAAGGUAAUGAGACGCGUAGUUCUAGUAUUAUAAUGGAUACUUCAAUUGCAACAGAUCCCGAUGAAGCUGCAAGACGCGCAAGUCGCGCUCAACGUUUUAGUGAAUUCUUAGAACCUCAACAAUUGGUUGGGGCAAAGGUUGAUGCAAAAAUUGGAGGCGAUGUUAAAAGACCUUCGGUUUGGAAUGGGGUAAAAUCUAUUACCUCUUCAAAAAAGUCCGAUGAAGUCCCAUCUUAUACAAUGGAAGAUGUAGAAUGGUUUUUGGGAGCACUAUGGUAUGCUUGGAGAGUAUCAAAGCUUAUUUCAAAUUCUCCCUCGAUUCCUGAGCGAAGGAAACGAGCUCAAGAUUUUUUUAUCGACAGUUCUCCUCCAGUUUCUUUAUUUGAUUUAAGAUGUGGAAAACAUUUGAACACUGUAGACGAUUCAGUAGACGAAGAAAUAGACAAUAAGCUAAGUUCGUUGAUUGAUGAGAUGAGUUUGAGUGCUAAGGUUGAUUAA